UAAAUGUGCGCGUGCAAACAGCGGAUGUCACUGAACAACAAAACAUGGCGCUGGUGGACAAGACGUGUGACCGUCUUCAGUCGAUGGUGGACGAGUGUCGGAAACAAGUGAAGAAACUAAUCAGUGAUUCUGUGUCAAAUUUCAAGAAAUCCUUGUGUGACUUCAAAAGCGAGCUGGACAAACGUUUAGGGAAAGUGACGUCACACAAACAUCUCGUGACGCGAGCCACAACAGUCAGACCGCGUCUCGCGCUGAUACACGCAGCAAAGACUCUGACAGACAGGGUCAACAGCCUUGACCUCAGUGAUGAUCUGGAAGCAGAGCCUUGGGUGAAUCCAUCGCUAGAGAUAACGAUAUAUUGUGACGAUGUGGUGAAAGAAAUAGGCGAUGAGCUAAUGAGCAUCAACCGAGAGAUUGUCGUUGUUGAAAAACAAGUCUUUGUGUUCGACCAAAACUGCAGAAACAACAUUCUUCUGACGAACUUCAGAAAGACCGCACGGAUAGUUCAGCCUGACAGGAAUGGUAUGGUCGUGUCACGUGACGCCAUGGAUGACAACGUCUUGUAUGAAGUGAGAAUAGACGAAAUCAAAAAGCCAGCCGAAAAGAGUUUAAUGCUUGGUGUGACGAGCGUCCUUCCUAUACAGCUCCCUGUGCUGUCUCUACACCUGAAAGAUUACAUCUUUCUUAGGGAAGAUGGAGUGUGCGACAAGGAUACCGUUAUCUGGACUAAUGUUGCUGAAUCUCUCAAAUUCCUCAAAGUCGGGAGUCGUGUUGGACUGUUGGUGGACUCAUCAAACAACCUUCACUUUUACGUCGAUGGAGACGACCAGGGUGUUGCAGCAAAAGAUGUUCCUUAUCCCUGCUUCGCCCUCUUUGUGCUUGGCAACAAUGUCAAUCAGGUGACAGCACUUCCUACUUCUGUGAGGACAUGAAGCACAUGUGAUUAUUAACAGACAGCGACAAUAACAACAGUGACAACACUUAUUUUAUCUACGACGACAUCGAAUCUGGCAAUGAUUUUAUUAACUCUACC